AUGAGUUUUCAUUCAAGCAAUGAUGAUGAGAACCUUGAUUUCAAUGACAACAAAUUGAAUUCAGCGGAGUCUGUUUCUUCCACCAAUGACAAUCAUCAAGUUGUUGAUGCUAUCCCCGGCGCUGAAUUUGAUAAGGACCAACCACUUUCAAAGAGAAGAACUUGUAAGAAGAAUUUGGAUGAGAUUGAAAAAGAGCUUAGAUCGUUUUGCAAAGAUUCGACAAAUCCAUUCAAAGAAUAG